AUGUUUAGACCCUUGUCAACAAAAUCACGUAAACAACGUUCAACUAAGGUUCCUGCCAGCUACCGAGGCUCCCGCACUGGUAACUCCGCCAACAAUUUAGAACUUAAAGUCCUAACACACAUACAAUACGUGCCCUGA